UAGCUCUCUUAGCACCUCGGCUAGCUGCUGCCUCUCCGCCGCUCCGCUCUCUCCAAGCUUGUCAGCCCCCCGAGCGACACCGUCCGCCUCGUCGCCGAUUCCAACUCCACGUUGCUAACUUAUCAUGCUCCAUUUGAACGGGACAGCUCGUCGAGUGUCGGUGUAAAUCGUCGAUUUUGUCGGGGACUGGCCGCGGUUAACAAUACGGGAGCUAAAGGCUAAAGAGGUUAGCUUAGCUUAGCUUAGCUUAGCAACAGUGCGGCUGUCAUGGACGACAAAUCUUUCACCAAGGAGUUGGACCAGUGGAUCGAGCAGCUAAAUGAGUGCAAGCAGCUUUCAGAAGGCCAAGUUCGGUCGCUCUGUGAGAAGGCCAAGGAGAUUCUGACCAAGGAGUCCAACGUUCAGGAGGUGCGAUGCCCGGUGACGGUGUGCGGCGACGUGCACGGCCAGUUCCACGACCUGAUGGAGCUGUUCAAGAUCGGAGGCAAGUCCCCCGACACCAACUACCUGUUCAUGGGCGACUACGUGGACAGAGGCUACUACUCGGUGGAGACGGUCACGCUGCUCGUCACGUUAAAGGUGCGUUUCCAGGAGCGGAUCACCAUCCUGCGAGGAAACCACGAGUCUCGGCAGAUCACGCAAGUGUACGGCUUCUACGACGAGUGCCUGAGGAAGUACGGCAACGCCAACGUCUGGAAGUACUUCACGGACCUGUUUGACUACCUGCCGCUCACCGCGCUGGUUGACGGACAGAUCUUCUGUCUGCACGGAGGUCUGUCCCCCUCCAUCGACACCCUGGACCACAUACGAGCUCUGGACCGCCUGCAGGAGGUCCCUCAUGAGGGCCCCAUGUGUGACCUGCUGUGGUCGGACCCCGACGACCGUGGUGGGUGGGGCAUCUCCCCCCGAGGUGCGGGCUACACCUUCGGACAGGACAUCUCUGAAACAUUCAACCACGCCAACGGCCUCACGCUGGUGUCCCGCGCCCAUCAGCUGGUCAUGGAGGGCUACAACUGGGGCCACGACAAGAACGUGGUGACCAUCUUCAGUGCUCCCAACUACUGCUACCGCUGUGGCAACCAGGCGGCCAUCAUGGAACUGGACGACACCCUCAAGUACUCGUUCCUCCAGUUUGACCCCGCCCCCCGCCGCGGCGAGCCCCACGUGACCAGACGCACUCCCGACUACUUCCUGUGAAUGUUUGACGCCGCCCAGAUCGUCGCCCACAAGCUCCGCCCCUUUCUCCCCCCCUCCCUCCCCCGCCCUCGUUACUGUACCGAGAAGAAAAGAAGCGAUUGGCUGAAUAAUGUACCGAUGACUUAAGCGUAGCGUGUCCCGCCCCUCCCCCCACAGUCGUGUUUUCACUCUGCCGUCAUUACCGCUGUGCUUCUGGAGUAAAACUACACGUGCAACUAAGAUGUUACUUUUUUUUGUUGUUGUUGGUUUCCAAACACGUUUUUAAGACAACAUAAUAAAACUUCCAAGGUGGACCAAAUGUGCCAUAUUCUGAUCCUUUUCCGACAACUGUUUUUUCCCCCUUUUGUCCUUUUUAAGCCCGACACAACCUCAUGUCAUCACAUUUGUGCUUUUUCUGUUUGGUACAAAAGAGGACAAAGAAAGUCUGCUUAAAGUAGUUCAGCUGUGAGUUUUAGCUGCAGCCAGCGCUGCUCAUCAAGUCAGCAACUAUAUUACUGUCAUUUGAAUAAAGACUACAGACCUACAAAAUAAAAAUGUCCUAUUGACAAACUCCUG